AUGGCUUACAACGAAAAGUAUGGAGGCGGCAUUCCUCCAGUUCCAUCCUCUCUUAAUACGGCAACCCCAUGGCAAAACGUCGACCUUCACCAGGGCCAACAGGACGAGCACCAACUAAGAACGCACCCUGAUACCGACCCUCAAAUCACUCCAUAUCUCGGCUUGCGAGCGAGGCUAUCACAACUAUGGUUCAACCGGUGGACGAUUCUGUUGCUUUUGGUCCUGAUCCGCGUCAUCAUCCUGACGGGAAGUCUCAAGGAAAACAUUGGCGAUGCCAAGGUCAAGGCCCUCUCAGGAUGCACCAAGGUCGAAGAUGUCGGAAGCGCCAUGGCCUCCAUGCCUCACUACAUGUCCAAAGGUGUCAACAAAAUGGCCGCCGCCAGCAUGCAAGGGGCACUUGACGCAAUGCAAGCAGUCCUUAAGGCCAUCCUCACGGGCGUCCAGGCGAUUAUCAUGUUUGUGCUCAACAUGUACAUUGGCACCUUUGUCUGUCUGGUGGCAGCCCUCGUCCACGGCGCUUUGCACGUGGCUACCAAGGUUGUGGAGGGCGCAACCGACGUAAUCAACAAGGGCAUCGAGGCUGUCACCAAGGGCCUUUCCGACGACAUGAAAGGCUUCCAAGAUGCGGUUAACUCGGCAAUCGGGGGCGUGAACCAGUUAAUUGGCGGUGCUACAAGCCUUAUCGGCGAGCGCAAGAAGAUCGAUGUUCCAAAGAUCGACAUCACCAAUCGCAUCAAGGAUCUCCAGGGAAUCAAGAUUGACGCCAAAAGCGCCAUUGGUGGUCUCGAUGCCCUUGACAAAAAGAUUCCCACGUUCGACCAAGCCAAAAACCUGGCCGAGUCUGCCCUCGCCAUCCCCUUCAACUUGGUCAAAGAAAAGAUCGAUGGCGCCUUCAACAAAACUCUUGUUGACGAACACAUGUUCCCCACUGCGGAGAAGCAAGCCUUGUCGUUCUGCUCCAACAACUCCUUCCUCCGCGACUUCUUCGAGUCCCUGAUUACCAUUGUCCACAAAGCCAAGAUGGCCUUCUUCAUUGUCAUCAUCAUCCUGGCCGUCCUCGCCAUGGUUGUCAUGGGCUACCUUGAAUAUCGUGACUACAAGCGCGAAAAGGAACGUGCCGAGGUAAUGGACAAGGAGGCCUUCAACUCUAUGGACGCGGUCUACAUUGCCUCGCGUCGCUGGACCUCGGAUGGCGGCAUCAAAAUCGCCGACAAGUGCUUUGACAGAGGUAGCAAGAACUGGCUCUUGGUCAGAUGGGCCGUCGCGUACGCCACUUCCCUGCCUGCCCUUUUCGUGCUGUCCCUCGCCAUCGCCGGUUUCUUCGCCUGCUUCUGCCAGUGGGUGCUCCUCCGGCAAAUCGAGGCAAAGGCGCCCGAGCUCGCCGCGCAGGUGGGCGAUUUCGCCGGUGACGUGGUCGGGACCCUGAAGCAAGUGAGCACCGACUGGGCCAACGACUCCAACGCCAUCAUUAAAAACAUGGAAUCAAACAUGAACAGUGACGUCUUCGGCUGGCUGCAGGAGGCCACGGAAUCCGUCAACAACACGCUCAUCACCGUCGAGAACGAAAUCGACAAGACUCUCAAGACCGUCUUCAAGGAUACCGUCUUCCUCGACAUCGCCCGCGACAUUGUGGGAUGCGUCAUCGGCCGCAAGAUCGACUCCCUCCAAGAUGGUCUGACGUGGCUGCACGACCACGCCAGGGUCACACUUCCGCGGUUCGACGAAGACAUCUUCUCCACCGGCGCGGCGCAGAGCACUGAUGGUGAUAACGACAUCAACAGCUUCCUCGCCAAGCCCGGUGCGGUAACAUCCGACGAGAUUAACGAGGCCGUCGGUAAAGUGAUCAGAUCCCUCCGCAACGGCAUCAUCCAAGAAGCGCUCAUCUCCCUCGGUCUGCUGCUGAUGUACAUCAUCGUCGUCCUCGUCGGCGUCAUGGGUGCUCUGGUAGGAAUGACCGUAACGUCCAAAACCCGCGGCGAAGGCGGUCAACAGUUUGGUGCCCCUGGUGCUCCUGGUGGUGGUCGUCCCCCUUCCUUCCAUAACCACAACGGCUUCGACCCCGCGCUAGCUCCCUCCAACGCCAUGGUCGGUAACCCCGCUAGUCCGCACUAUCAGAAUGAGAAGAUCAGAGCAGGAGGACCUAGGGUGGGAGGAGAUCACCUUCAACCCGAAGGCGCUGGCCACUACGGCGAGGCAUCACCUGCUUACGAGGAGGUGGUCUACGCCGGACGAGUACCCGCGGGCAAGACCAGGGAACUGAUUACGCGGUAUCCGAGCCAUCAAAGGACGAGCAGUUAUCCGACUGUGGAGAGCUCGGGGCAGAUGCCGCAUUAUGGGGAUGAGAAGGUACCGGGGUAUUUUACGCCUAUUUAA